CCCCCCCCCCCCCCCCCCCCCCCCAUCCUUACUACUGAUCUCAGCACCACCAUCAUGUGUAACAAGACAUCAGUAGGAGAGAACCAACUCCAGAGGAUUAUCAGAGAUCUACACGAAGCAGUGACUGAGCUGAGUAAGGAACAUAGAGAGAUGGGUGAACCAAUCACAGACGACAGCCCCAACCUGCAUAAACUGUCCUACAAACUAGAGUACCUGCUACAGUUUGACCAGAAGGAGAAGGCAGAUUUCCUAGGCAGCAGGAAGGAGUACUGGGAUUACUUCAGAGAGUGUCUUGCCAAGACCAGAGGAGUUAAUGACGGCCUGCGGUUUGUCAAGGCUAUACCAGAGUUAAAGACGUCCCUGGGUAAAGGUAGAGCGUUUCUCCGCUAUUCUCUGGUCCAUCAGCGUCUGGCUGAUACCCUACAACAGUGUCUACUCAACCACAAGGUUACCAGUGAGUGGUACUUUGCUCGCAGUCCCUUCCUGAAGUCUCACCUCAGCAGUGACAUCAUCAGUCACCUGUAUGUUCUCAACGAGGUCCAGUUUGAUGUGGCAUCCAGAGGUCACGACCUCGAUGCUGAUUGGCCCACAUUCGCCAGAGACAUUCUUCCGAGGACAGGAAGAUCUCUGUUGGCCAACACGGCCAGCAUCUAUGACCAACCUCCCGAAGCGCAGCUCAGACCAGGGUUCGUGAAGAUAACCAAGAAUUCUAGGACUUCAAAUGAGACUGAAAUAAGGAGGACUCUGGGGUCUAACUCCGCCCACCUCUGGAAACCUUCCAGUCGCUGUUCCAGUGUCAACAGCCUGGUCAGCUACUCAGGGUUGCAGGAGUUCAAAGCUCAAGAAUACGGUUCCAGUUUGCUGGCUGACCUGGGGGAGGAGUUAGGGGAGCUGGGGGAGGAGCUACUUGGAGUCUCCACACCCUGCACUGCCGCAGACGACCUACGCAUCCUGGUUGACCAUUCAGAGCUCAGACAGCAGGAGCUGCUGCACCAAUCAGAGGCGAGACAGGCAAAAUUGUUACAGCGAGUCAGAGAGCUAGACCAGGAGGCAGAGGGGCUGAGGAACGAGGUCAGAGAGCUGCAGGGGAAGCUAUUGGCUCACAACCAGGAAGCUGUGACAGCCAACCUCAACAACAUGGAUCUGUUGUCUAAACUAGACAGCCAGGAGAAGGAGAGGGACUCAACGCUACCACAGACCCAGGUUCUGGAGGAGGGAGAGGAGAGGGACGCAGCGCUACAACAGACCCAGGUUCUGCAGGAGGGAGAGGAGAGGGACGCAGCGCUACAACAGACCCAGGUUCUGCAGGAUGGAGAGGAGAGGGACGCAGCGCUACAACAGACCCAGGUUCUGCAGGAGGAGGAGAGGGAGGUGCAGGAGAAGAGGGAGAUGCAGGAGGAGAAGGAGGGAGAGGAGAGGAAGGAGAAGAGGGAGGUGCAGGAGGAGAGGGAGGUGCAGGAGUGGAAGGCCAUGGAGAAGCAGCUUCAGGAGUUGAGGAAGGAGCUGAGGUCCAGGGACAGAGAACUGACGGAGAGUAGAGAAAAGAUCAGACAAUUGGAGGAGGAGAACACUGACAGACUGACUGGGGCGGGGCAGGAGAGAGAGAAGGGAGAGAUGGAUGGAGAGAAGGAGAAGCUAGGGACAGAGAAAGAGACUGCAGAGUGUUCUCAUAGUAAUCUACAUAAGGCUGGUUCUGCAGAGGGACUGUCUAUGGAGAAGAACCAGCAUCUUUCCUCUAAGUCUGAGCCCCAGAUGCAGGACCUCUCCCCCUGUCCCCAGACCCAGCAGCUCCUCCUCCCGGCUGUGUUGGUGGCCCAGCUGCAGCGUAGCCAGGGGGAAGUGCUACGGCUGCAGACGGAGGUUGUGGAGCUGAGAGCCUGGCUGCAGCUGGGAGCAGAGCUGCAGAUAAGGAGUCAGGUGGAGGGGCUCAACAGACAGCAGGUAGAGGAGCUGCUGCUGGCCCAGGAGAGGGAGGAGGCUCUGGGGCAGGAGCAGCGCCGCAAGGCUCAGGCUUCACAAGGCCUAGUCCUGGAGCUGGCCUCCGCCAGGGAGGAACUCCACAACCUGAAGACACGCUACGAGGGUCUGGCCCUGGAGCAUGGAGACAUCCGGGAGGCCCUGGACCACGCCAACAGAGAGACAGCAGAGCUCGGGUUCCACAUAUGCAGGCUUACUGCCCAGAAUGAGGAAGCGCGAGAGCGAUGGGAUGCGCUGUCCAACAGGUUUCAGGAGGAGCUGAACACCAGCAUGACCUCCCUGCAGCAGGAAAACCUCGGCCUGCAGGAGCAGCUGCUGAAGGAGCGGGAGGAGAAGGGGAGGCUGGGGAAAGAAGAGCAAGGAAAGGUCAGGGCUCAGAAGGAGGCACAGCAGGAGGAGAUCCAGGCGCUCCGCUAUCAGCUCAGCAACCAGACCAUAAACCACCAGACACAGUUACAGGUUCUGUCUGAAGAGCUGAAGACUGUGAGGUCUGAAGUGGAGGUGGAACAGGAGAAUAAUUUAUACCUGAAGACCAAACUGGAGGAGAUGGAGCGUGACAAGCAGGACUAUCAUCAACCUCUAGAGGACAACACAUCACAGAAGCUAAUACAACAGAGAGAGGAGGAGAUGCAACACAACCUCACCAGGAGUGAAGAGAGCCUGGUUGUGUCUCAGAGGUCCUGUGAGGAGCUGAGGGAGGGACUACGGAAAGCCUGUCAGGACAAACAGAGCUAUGAGCUCCGGACCUCAGCUGAACUGGAUGACCUCUACCGCACCAAAAUCAAUCUGGAGGAAAGACUCAUAGAACUCAUCAGGGAGAAGGAUGCCUUGUGGCAGAAGUCUGAUGCUCUGGAGUUUGAGCAGAAGCUGAGAGCGGAAGAGCAGACAAAGAGAGAUACCUGUAGCAAUACCUCUCACUGUCUCUCCUGCAGCAGUCCAUUCAGCUGGUGGCUUCAUAGACACACCUGCAGACUGUGUGGCCAUGGGUUCUGCUACUACUGCUGCAGUAACACCGUCAGCCUGAUGGAGGGGGGCGCCAGAGAGCGCUGCUGCUCAGUCUGCUACAGCCAGCACAGUGCUGUGGUAGAGCGCCAUCCUCAGGAAGACACCUGUACUGCACCACACACACCCUUCAACCCUCUGCCCCAACCUGACCUGGCUGUGCCAAGGGCAGAUGAUGGUGCAUAUGGCAUCAUAACAGAAGAGGAAGUUAAUUAUGUUUCCAACAGUGACUCUCUCUCUUUCACUGCCUGCUCUCCUCACACCAACCCCCAGGGGGCAGCAGAGCUCAACGGUGGUGCCAGUACAGCAGAAACCACAUCAGAGGACCUACCUGACCAGACUGGAGCUGUUCAGGAUGCAGAGAUCUGUCUGCUGAGGAGUGGAGAACUCACGUUGCGUGUUCCGUUCAGUGUGGAGGAGAUCAGUGUAUUUGGUGACAGUCUGAGGGAGCUGUUCAUCAGGUCUGGUUGUUACAGCUCCAUCCCCAUUACUGGGUCUACCCUUGGUGCUACCAUACACUGGCUGUUCACCUCACAACCCAAGAGCAUCUCAUUUAGUGUGCUGUACAGAGAGGACACACACACACCUCUGGAGGAGGCUAAGGUACUGAUCCCUCUGACUCGUUGUCAAUCCCACAGAGAGACCAUGACAGGAGAGCUGAUAGUCAGGAACACUGGAGAAUACACACUCAUCUUUGACAACUCCUUCUCCAGGUUCAUCUCUAAGAAGGUGUUGUAUCGUCUGAGUGUUGAGCAGCCAGUGGUCUACGAUGGAACACAUUAACUGUCUGGAGAGGAGAAGACUGUACUGGUCCUUUAUCCGCAGUCUCUAUUUGUUUGAAACAAAGGGACUGACUAAGAUGAGAAAAAUUCUGUUCUCUUUUCACCAUCUGGCUGUUGUUGUUAUAUAAGAGGGAGGUUUGGUUGUGUUGUUAAAGUAGAGUGCCUGUGUGUCAGUCAUGGUUCUACAACUGCUCUGUGUAUCUGUAGGUCAAAUUAACUGUGCCUUCAGUUGAAUGGACCCAGACAGACUGGAGAGCUGAAUGGACUGACUGGAGAGUUGAAUGGACCCAGACUGACUGGAGAGUUGAAUGGACCCAGACAGACUGGAGAGUUGAAUGGACCCAGACUGACUGGAGAGUUGAAUGGACCCAGACUGACUGGAGAGUUGAAUGGACCCAGACAGACUGGAGAGUUGAAUGGACUGACUGGAGAGUUGAAUGGACCCAGACAGACUGGAGAGUUGAAUGGACCCAGACAGACUGGAGAGUUGAAUGGACUGACUGGAGAGUUGAAUGGACUGACUGGAGAGUUGAAUAGACCCGGACAGACUGGAGAGUUGAAUGGACCCGGACAGACUGGAGAGUUGAAUGGACUGACUGGAGAGUUGAAUGGACCCAGACAGACUGGAGAGUUGAAUGGACUGACUGGAGAGUUGAAUGGACCCAGACAGACUGGAGAGUUGAAUGGACCCAGACAGACUGGAGAGUUGAAUGGACCCGGACAGACUGGAGGGUUGAAUGGACCCAGACAGACUGGAGAGUUGAAUGGACCCAGACAGACUGGAGAGUUGAAUGGACCCAGACAGACUGGAGAGUUGAAUGGACCCAGACAGACUGGAGAGUUGUGACGUCAUGUAAAACAAGGAGUUAGAAUGUUCCUGCUGCUGUAUCAGGAGGUCUGGUCUGGUUUAGAAAAUAGUAGGCAGAGACAGGUCAUAAAACACUUGUAUGUUAUUGAUCAAAUUAAAGCAUGUUAAAUGUUAAAA